AUGAGAGAGAAGGUGAGUGCGGGAGUUGAGAGGAGAGAUGAAGACCAGGUAAAUGCAUCAUCUCUAAAUGCAGAGACUCAAGAUCCAUAUGUAUACAUGGAGCUUCAGUUGAGGGAUUCCUCAAAUAACCUUGAAUCUUCACCCUAUGACAACCAGGUCUACAAUGGUAUUUCCAAAAGAAAGGCUUAUUAUACUCUUGUACAGUCUGUUGAUUUAUCUCAUAUUGAACCUAGUUCUUUCAAUGCUGCAUCUACAGUUCCAGAAUGGCAGUUUGCAAUGAGGGAGGAAAUUGAGGCUCUUCAUGCUCAAGCUUUUACCCAAGAAUUUGAUAUGAAGGACUUAGGCCAAUUGAAUUAUUUUCUAAGGCUGCAAAUUUCAUAUCAGUCCACUAGUUUAUUUGUGUCUCAAACUAAAUAUAUCAAGGAAUUACUUGAUAAAGUUGAUUUGCAAGAUUCGAAACCAUGUACCACUCCUUGUCUUCCCUAUCACAGAUUACUUAAAGAUGAUGGGAAGCCUUAUUCUCAUCCAACACAAUACAGGAGCAUUGUUGGAGCACUACAGUACCUCACCUUCACAAGGCUAGACAUUGCCUUCUCAGUGAAUCAAGCUUGUCAAUUCAUGCAUAAUCCCAUGGAAUCUCAUGUUGUGGCGGUUAAGAGGAUCUUGAGGUAUUUGAAAGGCACCACUGAUUUUAGAAUUCAUUUUCAACCUGGUCCUCUUAAUCUGCAGGCUUACAGUGAUGCUGACUGGGCUAGGGAUCCUAAUGAUCAACGGUUUGUCUCGGGGUUUAUAGUUUACUUAGGCUCUAGUCCCAUUUCUUAA